AUUUUUCAUUAUUUGCACGUCGUUAAACGACACGUCGCAAGCUCUUCAGAUUAUGUGCGCAGCGCUAGCUGCUAGUUUUGUUGGUCUCGACUCUUGACCUUUGCUAGUCUCCUGGAUCUCAGCUGCUCUGUGCGCCACCGUAAGCCUCUCAAUCUACUCUCCUUGGCCUCUCAAACUUUUGUUAAGAUGUUUGAUGAUCAAGACCUGGGCUUCUUUGCCAAUUUUCUUGGCAUCUUUAUUUUUGUACUGGUAAUGGCAUACCAUUAUGUGAUGGCUGAUCCUAAAUAUGAUGGAAACUAAGAUUCGAAUUGUGACUCGACUAGAAAGCUUCGUACUACGACUUGUUUGAGAUAAAAAGUGAACCGUUGAUCUUGUUGGUGGUGCGAGGGCAAUGCCCUGGCAGAAUGCGCUAGUAUAAAUAUUAUAAUAUUUUACCCUUUGCAGUAGAGUUGUGAG